AUGAACAAUUCCACCUCUCAAAACAUGAGCACAUCUCAGCCACAAAGGAACGAUGGCAGUGCACUGGGAGAAUUCUUCAAUAGUGGCUUGCAGACAUAUGUGAACUAUCCGUCAGAAAAUGAAACUGCACCGGAAGAGUUCAUGUGGGAUCCUAGUCUCUUUACCAAUUCACAAAUAUACUCUCCUCCUGCGGCGACGCAUACACCCGCUUGGAACCAGAAUGCGGCUGCACAGUCUCGAGAUCCUCCACUUACGGCCUAUGGCGCUCUUCAGUCAUCAUUCCAGCUUGGUCAGUAUGGUCAGCCAUCUUUUGACCUUCGUCAGCCAUCGCCCCAACCCGCGCAUGACCCCAGAUUGAUCUCUCGACCUUCACCUUCACCAACACCAUACAGUCACCAUAAUCCUCAGUCGGCAAUGUUAUACCGAGAUCUUUCCUACCAAAACCAGCAACAAUUCAAUCCACAAUCAAUGGUCUACCCUCAACGUCCCAACUCUACCUCCACGCCCACAUUUGAUGGCCACGCCAAUCGGAGCCCCUACUUCAAUUAUGGUUCUCAUAUGGCUGGGCAGUCGCAGUUACAGGUAAAUCCGCUCCGACAUCAGGUUCUUCCGAAUGCUUAUCUUCCGCAGUCCCUCGAUCUUACGAACAGCUUGGGUGGCUUUCCUGAACAGCAGCAGCAGCGGCCGGCUGCCCCUUUUAUUGAUCCUUCCUUCCUCACAGCGAAUGGGCUGCAACGUCAGAGAAUCGAUUCUGCUCAAAACAUCUAUCCUUUUCUGGGACAAGAAAAUGUCCACUCUCAGCCUGGCGGCCAGCAUACGUCACUCUCGACAACGCCAAAUCCUGUACAUGGGAGUAAUGUACCGACAAGUCAGACUGGAGCCUUCAUGGGAGUUUUUGUUCCGCAUAAAACGGACAAAGCCACUGCAAAAGUGCGCAAACCAAAAGAUCCAAAUGCGCCCAAGAAGCCAAGAGGUCGGCCGAGAAAGGACGCUUCUCAAACAUCAGCGAAGCAGGAGACGGAUGCCUCAACAUCAGAAUCAGACUCAGACGAGCUUCAAGGAGAGGAGAAGGCCGAGCCGUUGCCUGAUCUGCUUCGUGAUCCAAGACCAGAGAGUGCAGACAAAGUGAUCUACGAUGUUGCAACUGCUGUGUGGUCUCCACGAAACAAACCGGCUGUGGCAGAGAAUGUCAGAAAGGGCAUUGCACUUUUCGGAGAUGUAGUCAAACAACAGCGUGACGCAUGGAAGGUAAAAAACGAAGCUUUGAAACAAGCUGAACUCGCCAACACCACUGCCAUCCCCAGCCUCAAGCAAGAGGUGGCCCAAUUUCGAAAGACGAUUGAGACCAUGGCUGAUCAAGCCCUUCGCUUUGGUCACCCGGCACAUCUCGCGAAGCUCGGAGAAAAUCCGUUUACCAUGUCUGCUCUCCAAUCUUUUCUGGUGGAUCGAAUCAACGCUCUCGACAUGGAUGGUGAUCUUGUGAAGAGUAUAUUGAAGCUCAUGGAUCGCUUUACCACCCUGGACGAGGAGAUGCUAGAGAAGACCAAAACCUCCAAGAUCUUGACCCGUCUCACUAAGAAAGCUGGCAACGAGGUCAAAGCUUUGGCUCAGUCGGUGCUGGACCAUGCUGCUGCUGCUUCAAAGAAGAAGGCCGCAAGCUCAACUAAAGUAGAAGGUGGAGAUUCUCCUAUGGCAAUGAAUGACCCAAAAACUGCUUCUGCAGCUGGCCUCAAGCGAGCGCGAGAGGCGGAUGGGGGAUCUUUGCCAGCAACAAAACGCACAGUGGUUCUCACGACCGUCAAGCAAGCCUCCAAACCGCUAGCUUUGCAGAACGCAGAGCGAAAGAAAUUGGAAUUAGCAGCAACCAAGGCUAAAACCCCAGCUACUACGGUGAACGGCACUUCCAGCACUGCUCCUGCUGCCGCCUCAAAGGCUGCAGUGGCAGCUGCAAUGCCACCGAAGCCUUCACCGAGUCCGUUCUCUGCUCUGAUGUCUGCGUCCAAGAAGCCUGGCACGUCGAUUGCCGCUCGUGCAGCUGCUGCCAAAGAGAAAGCUAGCGCGGCUCCUGCUCCAGUCACGAAAAAGCCAUCGCCACCACCGGUAGCUGUCGUCAAGUCUGAGCCAGCCGUCGCGCCUGUCGCCAAGUCCACUUUCUCCUUCAUGGACACUCUUGCCGAUAUGAGUCGGCCGAAGCAGAUUGAAGAGAAGAAAGUUGAUGACAGACCACCCGAGACGGAGGAAGAGCGAAAGAAGCGACUUAGAAAAGAGGAGCGCAGAAAACUGCGGGUUUCAUGGGCGCCUGAGAAUGAACUCACCCAGAUCAAACUGUUCAUUCAUGACCCUGAAGAGGAGAUCGGCCAAGCAGACAGUGCCAUGCGGGACGUCGAUGAUGUAGGUGGUGAAGGGCGGAUGCUUAAGCUGCACAAAGAUCUAGAGGAUCUUGAUGACGAUGACGAUGGGCGCCCCAAUGCCGAAGACAUGGAACCAUAUAGAGCUCCGACAGAAGUUGACUUCACCGUGAUCGAUGAAGCCGCUCGAACAGGAAGCUUCUUGCGCCGUGGGGGUUCCGAAAAGCCAGAGAGUGCAGAGAAAGAAGCGCAAGACCUGCGAGAACAGAACACUCUGAUGGUUGUCUAUGCCUUGCCUUCUGAUGUUCCACCGACACCAAAAGAGCCACCUGCCGCGGGUGACGAGGAUGAUUACACUCCUUUGACUUCAUUUGGGGAGCCGGAAGAAAAGACCCGACACCGUGAGAAACAAUAUUAUGAGCAGAUCAGAGCUCCUCCUCAACAAGCUGCCGCAACCACACCAGAUCUGAAUGCCAUCCUCAACCUCAUGAAGCAGAAUCAGCAACCACUGGCUCAGCAACCAGCAUACAACACCUUUACUCCCCAGCCUGCACCGCAACAGCAGCCGGCUCAAGGUGUGGACAUUAGCAAGAUCCUGGCCGUAAUGAGUCAGAUGCAGCAGCCCCAACCCCAAGCUCAACCUGUCAUCCCUGCUCAACCCCAACAACAGGGCGGCCAAGUCAAUCUCGCUGCUCUACUGGCGCAAAUGCAAGGCCAAACCCAGCCUACCCAACCUACCCAACCUACCCAACCCGCACAACCUCUCGCGUACGGUUACACUGGCAAUCCGAAUCCCUACCCCGGCGCAGAUACCGAGUACUCUCGCAAGCAUGGCCGCAAUGAGUCGACUUCUGAAUAUGAAGAUUAUGCAUGGAAGAAGAAAAAGCCCGCCAGCGGAUCCGGAGGCGCAGGAGGGGGAGGAGGGAAUGCCGGCUCAGCCAAACCUCAUCCCAAGGCCAAGACGGUGAUUUGCAAGUUCUGGCAGGAAGGGAAGUGUAAGAAAGGGGAUGAUUGUACUUUUAUCCACGAGUGA